AUAAUUCAAAACAAAUCGUGUUUAGAAAAAGAUGGCCUACAUCAUUAAGUUAAUCAUUAAAUUAAGUGUCUCGCGAAGCUGAUUAUGGUUUAUGAAACAACCAUCAGUAUUAUUGCGAUUUUUACUGUGCUAUUAUGUUUGCUUUUAUUUAUUUGGAUGUGUAAAGUUAACAUUUUUCAUGAAAUUGAGUAUUUAAAAAAAAAUUCUAGAAGAAGGUUUUCAAUGUCAGUAUCAACUGAAAAAAUACCUUUUUAUAUAGAGGAAAACUCCAUUAAGCUUCACAAAGAGAAUGGUUUUAUAUCCAUGAGCAUUUUUAGUAACUACAAGUUUUCUGUUCAAAUCUGCUGCUGUGCAAACAUAAAUGAUUUUAAAAGAGGAUUAGACUCACAUAUUAAAAGAAAACCUAUUGACUUACUCCACUUAAUUUCACAGUGGGUUUCCACAUCUAUUGAAGUAUCUGAUAAUUUUUUUCAGUUUAAUAAAAAUGAAAUAUCUGAUGAUGCUGUGAAAGAAACUCUACAAAAAGUUUUAAAUAAAGAAAUUAACUACUUGGUUCCCUAUGUUGUUCAUAUAGCUUCAUAUGGUGAAGGAAGCCAAAUAAUCUCUCUGACAUCCUUUAUAGCAUCGGGUCUUUUAAAUCAUACACUAGAAAUUCAGGAGCAAUUUAUUGAAGUUAUUGAUGGCAGAGUUUUAAGCUUGAAGAAAUUGUUCAACUCUGGUAUUCCCGAUAACACACUAGCACUCCAGGAACCUAUUGAAGCCUGUGUAAUAUGUCAUUCUAAUCCAGUUACUCGUGCCUUAGUCCCGUGCAGACAUUCUUGUGUUUGUAAAACUUGUUUUUAUAAGAUUCAAGUAUGCCCUGUUUGUAGGAUCACAAUUGAAUCGUCUCUUCAAGUAAGGGAUGAAUCAGAUAUUCCAUUAUCGAAUGAAGAACAACAAGGACAAAUCAGCUCAAGUAUUAGUAGCAUGGGAGUUUGGAAUUUUAUAAAAGCUGUGUGGAAUGCAAGUUAAUUGAGAGUAAAGUUUGAACUAAUUGUGAAUCUAAUUUAACGAUGUUUUGUCGAGAUCUCGUUAAUAUCUCAUAACGUUAACAUAUAUAAAAUCAGACGAUGAAAAGAUGACUAUAUUUGGCAAAGUAGCGUAAAAUUCCCUGGAUCACUUAAUGUUGUUGAAAUAAUAUGGUCUGUUGCUUGUGAACUUAUUAAAAUUUUAUUUAUUCAAAUAUAAUUUUUAGGAUUUAUAUCAAAAUUAAUUAAAAUAAAUUCAAUAAAGUUAAA